UCGACACAUUUGUUCCUAUUUAUUGUAAUUCUGUUUGGGAAGUUUUAUCGCUAACGCCUUGAAAUACUGAAUAUCUCACUGUGAAAUCUUAAACUAGAAUCUAGUUUACCUUAUCUAGUCUAUUCAAUUUCCCAGCCUUUCACCAGACUUUUGCUACAAAACUCUCCGGUGAACCAGAAGCUACUCUCUAUCGGAAUUCACGUCUUAUUUGGAACUAUUCUGUUCUGAUCGUAGAACUACCCCGUUUGAAGUUAUUGAAAAUAAAGUCCUCUAGCUCAAACAACGAAUUCAACAAUGACUCGUCAACUAGCCAAGGCUAUGAAGAUGAAGGCUGUCAAAAGCCGAUUGCUGAACUCAAGAACCUAAACACUCGUGUAACUACGACUGUCGCUGACGAAAAGAACCUCAGGCCCCCUAUCGAUAACGAAGCUUACAGACUCACUGUACUGCAAGUAGCUUCUUUGUUCAAUGUCGACAUUGACGUUGGACUUUCUGAAGCUCAGGUAAAGAGUCAGUUCGAAAAGUUCGGCCCGAACAGCUUGGGAGCCGAUGAAAAAAUCUCGAUGGCGAAAAUCUUGGCCCACCAAGUAUUCAACGCCAUGGUUUUGAUUUUAAUCAUUUCUUUGGUGAUUGCUUUGGCAAUCAGAGAUUGGAUCUCUGGUGGUGUGAUUGGCUUCGUAGUCUUUAUCAAUGUGUUUGUAGGUUUUAUUCAGGAGUACAAGGCCGAAAAAACAAUGAAUUCAUUGAAGUCCUUGUCUUCUCCUACUGCCAAAGUGUUGAGAGAGGGUCACUCAAUCGAUAUUGACUCCGAAAACGUAGUUCCUGGUGAUAUUGUAAUCAUAGGCGCGGGAGACACGGUUCCGGCCGAUUUGAGAUUGUUCAAUGCCGUGAACUUGGAAACAGAUGAGGCAUUGUUGACCGGUGAAUCGUUGCCCGUAGCAAAGGUCCACACUGAAGUCUACACUGACGAUGUUCCUGUUCCAGUGGGAGACCGUUUGAACAUGGCCUUUUCUUCUUCUGUAGUAAGCAAGGGAAGAGGAUCUGGAAUUGUUGUUUCUACUGGUUUACAUACUGAAAUCGGCAACAUUGCCGACUCCUUGAAGAACGGUGACGAUAAGCUAAUUGUCAAGGUCGACAAGUCGACCAACCCAGGUUUCAAAGACUACUUCUUUGCUGCUCUGAAGUCUACCUACAACAUAGUCAUGAAUGUAUUGGGUACCAAUGUCGGUACACCUUUGCAGAGGAAGUUGUCUUGGUUGGCUAUCUUCUUGUUCUGGGUGGCUGUCUUGUUUGCUAUUGUAGUUAUGGCUUCACAGAAGAUGAGAGUCACCAAAAAUGUUGCCAUCUAUGCCAUUUGUGUAGCUCUUUCUAUGAUUCCUUCUUCUUUGAUUGUCGUCUUGACCAUUACCAUGGCUAUUGGAGCCCAAGUAAUGGUGACCAAGAAUGUCAUUGUUAGAAAGUUGGACUCGUUGGAAGCCUUGGGUGGUAUCAACGAUAUCUGCUCUGACAAGACUGGAACUUUGACCAUGGGUAAGAUGAUUGCCAGAAAGGUCUGGAUUCCUACUUUGGGUACGUAUAUGGUUCAAAACUCUAACGAGCCAUUUAAUCCAACAGUUGGAGAACUUGUUUACAACGAAUCUUCGCCAAAGGAAAUCAAAGAUAGUGACGAAGAAGCGGAUUAUAUUCCCAACUUUCCUGUUCCACAUCCAAACUUGUUCCUGAAGUGGAUUGACACUGCUAUUUUGGCCAACAUUGCCUCUGUCAAAUUGUCUCCUGUUGCAAAUUCUGACAAAUUGGAAUGGCAAGCUCAUGGUGAUGCUACUGAAAUCGCCAUCAAUGUCUUCACCACCAGGUUGGGCUACAGCAGAGAUUCGAUGAUAGAGGAUCAAGAAUUGGAACAUUUAGCCGAAUUUCCUUUUGACUCCAGCAUUAAGAGAAUGUCUACCGUUUACGCCAAUACUAAGUCGCUGGUUUCCACCGUAUACACCAAAGGUGCUGUGGAAAGAGUCUUGAGUAUUUGUAAGUACUGGUACAAGAAUAAAGAUGAGUUGAUUCCUCUUUCCGAGGAAGACAAGAACGUUAUUGAGGCCAACAUGGCUGUGUUGUCGUCUGAAGGUUUGAGAGUUUUGGCUUUUGCUCAACGUCAAAUCAACACUGCUAAGGAAGACGUCAACAAGAGGGAUGAUGUCGAGCAGAAUUUGGUUUUCUUGGGUUUGAUCGGUAUCUAUGAUCCUCCUAGACCAGAGAGCGCCAGAUCCGUUAAGUUGUGUCACAAGGCUGGUAUAAAUGUUCACAUGUUGACUGGUGAUCAUCCUGGUACAGCCAGAGCAAUAGCUCAGGAAGUUGGGAUUUUGCCUCACAAUUUGUACCACUACAGUGAAGAGGUAGUUAGAGUUAUGGUGAUGACAGCCAAUGAGUUUGACAGUUUGUCGGAUGAAGAAGUGGACAAUUUGCCCGUUUUGCCAUUGGUUAUUGCUAGAUGUGCUCCACAGACCAAGGUUCGUAUGAUUGAAGCCUUGCAUCGCCGUAAGAAGUUUGUGGCAAUGACAGGUGAUGGUGUCAACGACUCUCCUUCUUUAAAGAAAGCCGAUGUUGGCAUUGCCAUGGGUCUCAAUGGUUCAGAUGUCGCUAAAGAUGCUGCUGAUAUUGUGUUGACCGAUGAUAAUUUUGCUUCUAUCUUGAAUGCCAUUGAAGAAGGUAGAAGAAUGUCAUCCAACAUUCAGAAGUUUGUGUUGCAGUUGUUGGCUGAAAAUGUCGCUCAGGCCAUCUACUUGAUGGUUGGUUUGGCAUUCAUGGACAAGUCUGGCUACUCUGUUUUCCCCUUGGCCCCUGUUGAAGUAUUGUGGAUUAUUGUUGUCACCUCCUGCUUCCCGGCAAUGGGUUUGGGUCAAGAAAAAGCCCUGGACGAUAUCUUGGAUUUGCCUCCCAACAGCACCAUAUUCACCUGGGAAGUCAUCAUCGACAUGUGUGCUUAUGGUUUCUGGAUGGCUGUCUGUUGUCUUAUCUGUUUCGUUGUCAUUGUCUUCGGUAAAGGAAAUGGCUAUCUUGGAAUUGACUGCAACACUGGGUCUGGUUCUGGCUGUGACUUGGUAUUCCAGGGUAGAUCCGGUGCUUUUGCUGCCUUUACCUGGUGUGCCUUGUUUUUGAGUUGGGAAUGUUUGCACAUGAGAUUGUCGUUCUUCAAGAUGAGACCCGAGUCCGAGCACUCAUGGUGGAAGCAGUUGGGUAUGGAUCUCUGGGAAAACCAGUUCUUGUUCUGGUCUAUCAUCUUUGGAUUUGUUUCGGUGUUUCCCGUCGUUUACAUCCCUGUUAUCAACGACAAGGUGUUCUUGCAUGGUCCUAUCGGCUACGAAUGGGGUCUCUCUUUUGCUUUCACCAUCUUGUUUUUCUUGGGCGCCGAAGGAUGGAAGUGGUUCAAGAGGGUCUACUACAGAAAGACGGCUGCCAGAAACCCUGAAUACGAGUUGGAGAGAAAUGAUCCAUUCCAAAAGUACGCCUCAUUCUCUAGAAGCAACACCGUGGCAGUCAAUGUUUGAAGACAUUAGCUGGUGUGCCCUGGGGUCUGCUCUUUUUUGGCAAUUCCAACAAUAUCGCUAACGUCCAAAGUGUGAUUUUCUUAUUUAAAUUUUUUGCAAGUCCGGUAGCUUAUACCGUUGUUAAGUUUUCUACAGUUUUCUAAGGAUAUCACCUAGUUUUUUAGGUAAUACCAUCCGGAGGUUUUUAUCUUAGGAUUUCCUCCACCUUUCAGUAUGGAUCUUAGGAAAAUUUAUGUACUUUGUAGUAGAUAGGUUGGACUUUAGUUGUAAUACAUGCCAUUUCGUU